UUGUAAUCUUACUUUCCUGUGCAGGAUCAGAAGAUUCCAAGGACGAUCAGCACAGGUGUCACAGCACUAUAUGUACCUGGAUAUAAUGUUUAAGAGGGUAUAAUGGGCUUAGUCUCUCAAGAAUGGAAAACUGGAAGUGCAUAUGUCCUUCAUCUCUGAGCAAAAGGAAACUUAUUGGUCAAGGAAGUUUUGGGAAAAUAUACCUUUGUCGAUAUAAAGACUUGAAUAUUGAUGUGGCAGUGAAGGAAAUUAUUGGGAAUGUCCCAAAUGCAUUGGAAGAUCUUUAUUCUGAGGCUAAGAAAAUGGAUUUUGCCUCAAGGAGUCCUCAUGUAAUCAGUCUGUAUGGCCUCUUAAAAGACAGUACAAAUCACCAGUGUAUUGGCAUUGUGAUGGAAUAUAUGGAGAGGGGAAGUCUAGACGAUCUCCUGGAACGAAUCAACCCAAUCCCCUGGGCCCUGAAAUUCCGCAUAAUACAUCAGGUGGCACUGGGUAUGAACUGGGUGCACUCGUUGUCUCCACCCCUUCUGCAUCUGGAUCUCAAGCCAAAAAAUGUGCUUCUUAAUGCAGACCUGCAUGUGAAGAUCUCAGACUUUGGCUUAUCUCAAUUUAAAAAAAACAGUUCUAACUGGGGAGCAUGCUCUGAAGAUGUUGGAGGGACACUUGAGUAUAUGCCCCCAGAGGCAUUUGAGAAAGGGUAUAGACCAAGCAAAUCUACUGAUGUUUACAGUUUUGCCAUCUUAAAAUCCACGGUGCUAACACAAGAAGAUCCAUAUCCUGUUUACAACUCAGAACUGAUCCGCAAAGACGUCUGUAAUGGGGAACGGCCGAGCCUGGAGACGCUAGAAAAAAGCAGUUCAGUUCAAAAUCUCAGAGAAGCUCUUCCUUUCAUUCAACAGUGCUGGCAUCAAAAUAAAACAGAGAGACCUGAUUUUAAUGUGUGCUGUGAAAAAUGGGAGAAUUUUUUCAAAGCCCACGAGACUGAUAUAAUCAUUGCAGUGAGAAAAGUGCAGGAUAAGCUGUUGAAAACUAAAGGUUCUGCUUCAACAAAUGAAAGCAUCAUGACUGGUCAGAGUACUGAGAUAGAGCAUAUUGCCUUGAAAUUUAAAACCCUCAACAUCACUCAGGAAACUUCAAUGAAACAAAUGGCGGUACCUCCCGAAAAGAUGGCAAAUAGCCAGAAAUAUGAAGGCCGGCCUGUGACAAUGCCUCACCCUACCUCACCCGCUGCAAAUCAGACAAGAGCAAAGGAUUAUCACCAGCAAACAAAUCCAUCAGCUUCUAAACCAGAUCAAAAUGAUUGGUAUGGUAAACGCCCUGUAAAUCCCGGUUCAGCAGCAAGGCACCCUGGUCCUGCUUCACAGACUCCAAAAUCUACAAUAUAUAUCAGCGGAAACCCAACUGGAAUACAGAUUGGAAAUAACAAUAGCAUGACAAUUGUGGAGGGAAGUCAAGACAGUGGGUCAAAAUACCUCUCACAUCAUGCAGUACCAGAUCAGUUCUUUUAUAAACCUCAAUUCCAAACCUCUUACCAAAGAACAUGGGGGCCAAGGCCAUUCCAGACCAGCACCCAAAGCAGAGGCAAUAUGCACUGGCCCUCCUAUACCCAGGCAAUGACACACAGAGGAGUUCAACCUUCCUCUUACUGUGCCUCUUACUCUAGCAAGCCAAGUGGAGCACAGUUCAGACCUACUUAUACCCAGCCAAAGACACAGACUGGAGUUCAGUCUAGCAACAGCUCACCUUUGCAUUUAAGCAAUUCAAGGAGUGCACAGCAACCACAUUCCUAUAAUCCUCCUUAUUCUACUGACACGGGAUAUCAGUCAAAGACAAAUGGACCCCAAGAUCUGAGUUCACCCAAUCAAGGUAAAUAAAGACCAGAAUAAAGGUUUUCCAAAUAAUACUUCUUGUAUGGAAAAUACAGUUAAAGAAACACUAAUCCAGCUGUGAACUUCCAACAAAUCUUCCAUCUCACUGGGCAUCUUAAAAAAUAAUUCCGGCUGCAGAAAAGUAAUCAGCUCAAACGCACCAUAUGAUGUGCUUGUCUUGCUGUUGCUUGGUGGUAUAUUUAGUAUGAACAGAUGUUGCAAGGCUGGAGCUAGGAAGUUCAGUUGCCAGAAUACUGAUUCAUAUAUCCUUUGCAAAAUACAGAUGAAUACACACACUCCGUUUUGAAAACAGAAACAAAUGAAAUAUUUUUAGAAUGUGAAAGGAACAGAUGCUUGAUCUAUUGGAAACUCUGUACUCAGUUUUUUUUAGGUCUGUACCUUUUGUGAGCAGAACAGCACAGGAUCUAAAAUUAAGAGCUACAAUCUGACUUUUCACAUUCAUUAUAAUUCUCUUUGUUAUCUUGGAUGUUAUCAAAGCAAAUAAAAAUACAAGUGCACUUGAAAUCCCUUAAAACCAGGAAUAAAAUCUCAAGUUGAUUUCUCAACCUAUGAAAAAAAAUAACUAUCAACGAAUAAACAAUAUGAGAAAUUAAGUCAUUAAUUACUGAGCCAUUUUUCAUAAACGUUGUUGUUUUUUUAGACCUUUUACUCCUAUUUAAACAUCAACUCCACUGCUUUGUGAGUUUUCUAUAAAAA